AUGAAGGCUUCUUUUAGGACUCUCGAGAGAGAGGGGCGCUUCAAGAACCCCCCUCUUGACGAAUCUGCGUAUCCGAUGCUGAAGGAUGCCGUGGCACCUCAUGUGGGAUCGUUCGAUGCUUUGACAGAGGGCCCCAACGGAGGCCUGUUGAAUCUCGCUGUUAAAGACAUCGGGAAACGCACUGUUUUCGAUAGCAAUGAUGUGGAUAGACUCGGAAAUAAGCUUCAGAUAUGGUGUGAAGCCGUUGAGAUCUCCAAACCAGCUCUUUCAUCACGGGACACUGCGGCCACUGACAAGCGGGUGUUCCCAGCUGAGUGCAGAGAGGCCCACUCUACCUACCGCGCAAGACUCAGUUUGAAGAUCUGCUGGCGUGUGAAUGAUGGUGAGGUAGUGAGCGAAGUUAGAGACGCUGGUAUGCUGCCAGUGAUGGUGAAAUCAAACAGAUGCCAUCUCCAGACCAUGUCCCCCCAUGAACUGGUAGCCCACAGAGAGGAGUCCGACGAACUCGGUGGAUACUUCAUUGUUAACGGUAUAGAGAAGUUGAUCCGUAUGCUGAUUGUUCAGAGAAGAUCCCAUCCAAUGGCCAUCAUCAGACCAUCGUUUGCAAACCGUGGUGCUUCAUACACCAAAUACGGUAUCCAGAUCAGAUGUGUGAGACCAGACCAAACGUCUCAGACCAAUGUGUUGCAUUACCUGAACGACGGAAACGUCACUUUCAGAUUCUCAUGGAGAAAAAAUGAGUUCUUGAUCCCCGUGAUGAUGAUCCUGAAGGCUUUGGUUGAAACCAGCGACCGUGAGAUCUUUGACGGAAUCGUUGGUUCUGAUACCAAGAACUCGUUCUUGACCGAUCGUCUGGAACUGUUGCUGCGCACAUACAAGAAGUACAACCUCAAUUCACAAAAGGAGACCCUUGCAUAUCUUGGAGACAAGUUCCGGGUUGUUUUUGAUGGAACCCCAGACGUUUCGGAUAUUGAGAUCGGAAAAGAGGUUCUUCGCAGAAUUGUCCUUGUGCACUUGCCCGACAAUAAAGACAAAUUCCGCAUGCUACUGUUUAUGAUCCGCAAGCUAUACUCGCUGGUGGCUGGAGAUUGUUCGCCCGAUAAUCCAGAUGCCACCCAGCACCAAGAAGUCUUGCUUGGUGGGUUCCUGUAUGGUAUGAUCAUCAAAGAGAGAAUCGAGGAUUAUCUGAGAUCGUUCGAGUUGAGAAUCCGCAUGGAGAUCAACCGUCGUAAUCCCGUCAACUUUCAGGAUCGCAAGUACAUGUCAUUGAUAUUCUCUCGCAUGAACGAGAACAUUGGCCAGAAAUUAACGAGUUUUCUGUCCACUGGUAACCUGGUUUCGCAAUCCGGACUGGAUCUCCAACAGGUUUCCGGAUACACGGUUGUUGCUGAAAAAAUUAAUUUCCACCGUUUCAUCUCGCAUUUCCGGAUGGUGCAUCGUGGUUCUUUCUUUGCACAGCUCAAGACCACCACUGUUCGUAAACUGCUUCCUGAGUCAUGGGGAUUUUUAUGUCCCGUCCACACUCCAGAUGGAUCGCCAUGUGGUUUAUUAAACCAUCUCGCUCACAAAUGCCGGAUUGCAACCCAAGAUUCAGAUGUGUCGAAGGUUCCGGAAUUGGUCUCUCGACUAGGUGCAUUUCCUUCGCAUGCGUUUGCUGCAGGUCCCAACAUGUGCUGCAUCCAGCUGGACGGCCGCGUCAUUGGCUGGUGUUCUCACGAACAGGGAAAAAUAAUUGCAGACACUUUGAGGUUUUGGAAAGUCGAGGGCCAGCAUGGUCUUCCACUUGAUUUGGAGAUUGGUUACGUUCCUCCUUCCAAUAAUGGUCAAUACCCUGGUCUGUACAUCUUUGGAGGCCGUUCGCGCAUGAUGAGACCCACCAAAUAUCUGCCCCUGGACAAGGAGGAUAUUCUUGGGCCUUUCGAACAGGUGUACAUGAAUGUUGCAGUUGUUCCCUCGGAGAUUGAGUCGAAUGUCCACUCUCAUGUGGAGUUUUCGCCCACUAACAUUCUGUCCAUCCUGGCCAACUUGACUCCAUUCUCGGACUUCAACCAAUCGCCUAGAAACAUGUACCAAUGCCAGAUGGGUAAGCAGACCAUGGGAACUCCAGGUGUUGCGCUGGUGCAUAGAUCUGACAACAAACUGUAUCGUCUGCAGAGUGGCCAGACCCCAAUCGUCAAGGCCAACCUCUACGAUGACUACGGAAUGGACAAUUUCCCCAACGGAACCAAUGCGGUUGUAGCCGUCAUCUCGUAUACCGGUUAUGAUAUGGACGAUGCCAUGAUCAUCAACAAGUCUGCGGACGAGAGAGGGUUUGGAUACGGAACCGUCUAUAAGGUAGAGAAGUUGGACCUCUCUACCAUGAGACGGAGAGGUGACCCUAUCACGCAUCACGUGGGUUUUGGUUCUGACGAAUGGCCAGAGAGCUGGAGAGAGAAGUUGGAUGACGAUGGAUUGCCUGUGAUUGGUGCUCAUGUUGAGGAGGGAGACCCAAUUCUGGCCUAUUACGACGAUACUGAGGGAAGGACCAAGAUCAAGACCUACCACAGCUCCGAGCCGGCUUAUAUCGAAGAGGUGAAACUGAUUGACGAUGAAGUAUCCUCUGUUCGUGAAGUUCAAUCUGUCACCAUCAAAUACAGAAUCCCAAGACAGCCGAUGAUUGGUGACAAAUUCUCUUCGAGACACGGACAGAAGGGUGUUUGUUCGCGUAAAUGGCCCACAAUCGAUAUGCCAUUCACUGAGUCUGGAAUGCAGCCAGAUGUCAUCAUCAACCCCCACGCCUUCCCAUCCCGUAUGACCAUUGGAAUGUUUGUGGAGUCGCUUGCCGGAAAGGCCGGUGCCCUCCACGGAAUUGCCCAGGACUCUACUCCUUGGAAGUUCAGUGAAGACGAUACUCCUGCUGACUUCUUUGGUGAGCAGCUAAAAUCUGCAGGGUACAACUACCACGGUAACGAGCCAAUGUACUCUGGAGCUACAGGAGAAGAACUCCGUGCUGAUAUCUACAUCGGUGUGGUUUACUACCAGAGAUUGCGUCACAUGGUGAACGACAAGUUCCAGGUCCGUUCCACCGGUCCUGUUAACAGCUUGACCAUGCAGCCAGUCAAGGGUCGUAAGAGAAACGGUGGUAUUCGUGUUGGUGAGAUGGAACGUGAUGCCCUGAUUGGUCAUGGAACGGCAUUCUUACUCCAGGAUAGAUUGCUCAACUGCUCCGAUUACACACAGACAUCCAUCUGUCGCAGCUGUGGUUCUUUGCUGUCUACACAACAAUCUGUUCCCCGUAUUGGUCACACUUCAUCGGUCCGUUGUCGUCGUUGUGCCCAGAGCGUCGACACCAUCACAGCUUCCGAUGUGGAGGCAUGGGAAGAUGGUCAAGGAAACAAGUUCAUUGGUGGAGAGGAUACUACCACUGUUGCCAUUCCAUUCGUUCUCAAGUAUCUUGACUCCGAGCUGGCCGCUAUGGGAGUGAGGUUGAAAUACAAUGUGACGCCUAAUUGA